AGCGCAAACAUAAUGCUGGCCAAAAAUGUACCUCGGGCUUUGCGGCAGCUGCGGUUGUAUAUAAGCGAACGGUGGAGUCCAUCUGUCCUCUAAGGCUGUGCGUCCAGGAGGAGACAUGCUGACGAGAUUCUGUGCGUUCCUGCUUGCUAUCGCAACCACAGCCUCUGGGACUCUGCACUGCCACCUGUUGAAGAGCGGUGGCGGCGCUGCAGGAAGGCCCUUCUUAGGCACUAGCCUUCCAGGCGGCUUCAAGGGUGGCCUCGGAGGUGGUGGCUACUCUGGCUUCCGCAGUGAUUUCCAGAGUGGCGGCUUUGCACCUGCUGGAUUCGUGCCAGGCCCAGGAGGUUUUGGAGUGGGUCCUGCUGUAGCAGGAGGAUUUAGCCCAGGGGCGCCUGCUGGCUUUGGUCCUUCCCUACCUAUUCCACUGACAUUAUCCAGGCCACCAGCGGUCACAUUCAUCCCAGGAGGGCAGACAAAGGUCAUUCUCGUAAAGGUGAAGCACUUGGGAACAACCACACACCACCCGACAGGCUUCAACGGCGGGCCGGCACAGGGAGGUCCUCUGCUGGGACCUCUCCCUUUCGGACUACCCAGUUCAGCGGGAUAUGGGGCGCCACUGAAGUCGGCAAGAGGCGGAUGGUGGUAAACAGGCAAGCCCACUUUUGCU